UUUUGCGGAGCACGAUUUUUUUUUUCAUUUUUGUGGCAACGAACUCAAACCAUCAACCUUUGGAUACACAUAAAGACACACUAGCCUCGAAGUCACGCCCGGCCCCAAUCAUACUGAUUCAUACAGUUGUAGCCAUCCAAGGGUCACGAGCUUCAAAGGAAAUAAAACCAGUUAAUGAAGAUCUGUCUAGUGUUUAUUCCAAGAACUCGUGCAGAAGUGAACGAAAGUUAGGAAGACAAAGGUUUGACGAUAAUUACUGGACAUCAUCCUUGACGAGUGGAUCGCAUGACCUAAUCUCCACGACCUCACAGGAUGACCAGAGUCCUGCUUCCUGGGAGAAGCUCCACAAUAUCAAGAAACAAGGAACCACACUUAUUUUUCACUCCAAUUCAAUGCGAAGUCGAAUGUGGCCAGAGAUCGUUCUCGGGACAUCUGAGCCCCAAUUUCCCACGAACGCGGCGUCUCAGCCGGAUACAAGUGUGUGUGACCAGCCAGUGACCUCUGACCCUGUACCUCUCGUGCCGUUUAUUUCUGAACAGAACUCUCAACUCGAAAAGCCUAGUCACAAACCCGAGUCCCCUAUAGAAAACUUCUUAUCAUUUCAGCCACUAGAAAAAGUAGAGACCCAGAAAGACGACUGUGACGUCAGUAGGAGUGGUGUUUCUUCUCUAUAUCCACCAGAGUGCCAACUUCUUCAGAUGAAAUUAGUAGAAAAUCAAGUUAUUCAAGAUAAGCUAACAAACAAAUCUAGGUCUGUUGUGAAUGGCCAGAACGAUGAACGGUUACCUAUCGUGGAUAAUUUUAAAGAUGACACUAUAACAAUACGUGAAGAAUCUCCACAAGAAGAGUUAAACAAAACAAAUUCGGACCAGCAUUGUUUACGGGAGAUGAUCUGUGUUGCUAGUAGCGACAGUCCAAGACAAUCAACAGUCAACAGAAUAAACUGUGCCACCCAAACUCCAGGCACUCCAGUAAUUGGACGAAAACAUAAAACAGAAGAAGAGCUGGAGUGUGAAAGGCUCUCUGAGGAUUAUAUCAACUAUUGUGAUGACGCCGUGCUGAGAAACCUGCUUGUGCCAACGCCAAAUUAUAAGACUAUAUCUGACUAUAUGGAAGGAUUGUUUAACUUGGAACUGGAAAGGGGUGGACGGCCUGUUAGGAGAUGCCAUUCAGUCCGAGCUGAUGCGGUCAAGUUGGUCAGUAAUUAUACUACUUCCGUCAAAUCGGAAAGCAGGCAGGGGGCUGUACUACCAUUAACCAGUGCUUAUUACACAACGUCCGAAUCCAAAGCUAAGUUUCUAACUCGGUACAGCCAAGACAUACACCAACAGAACUGUGCAUCGGACACCGAACUGAGCAGUAAAAAGGAAGAAUUAAUUGCUAGUAUAGACAAGAAAUUGGAACUCCUUCGAUUGGAACAGGUUGUCAUUCGAGAGGAGAUGGCUCAGAACGAAGAUCUGGGAAAAGUAGUAACCUCACGAGUGGAACAGUUGGCUAAGCCUAAGGAGUUAGAGAAAUAUCGACUGCACGUAGAGGAACUCGAGAAAAUUAUCAAUUUGUUGUUGUCUCUCUCGGGAAGACUAGCACGUGCUCAAAAUGCCCUCGUGUGUUUACGUCCAGAUGUCGAAGAGGAAGAAAAGAAAGCACUUCAAGCGAAGUGUGACAAACUGUCAGAACAACACGAAGAAGCUCGACGGCUGAAAGAAAGUAUUGACAAACGCAGCCACCAGGUGUCGACGUUUCUUCAUCGCUAUUUGUCCUCUGAGGAAUACGCGGACUACGAUCACUUCAUCAAGAUGAAGUCGAAGUUGGUCAUGGACGCUCGCGAGAUAGAUGAGAAGGUUAAACUUGGUGAAGAACAGCUGGCAGCUUUACGCAAUAAUGCGAACUUUCAAAUUUGGAAACAAGUUCUGACGAAGGCGAAGAUAAAUGCCAGAACCUAAGCCUUGAUGCGUGAACCAUCUUAUGUAAUGAAAGUUGUGCAAUGUUUGUCUUCUGCUAUAUUUUGCAGUUGCACAAAAACUUUCAAGACUGUCAGUGACAUUAAACCCUUAAGUGUACAUCGUGAUUCUUGUGCUUGACAAACGCGAGAUUGUUGGUGAUUCUUGUGCUUGACAAACACAAGAUUGUUGGUGAAUCUUGUGCUUGACAAACGCAAGAUUGUUGUGAUUCUUGUGCUUGACGAACACAAGAUUGUUGGUGAAUCUUGUGCUUGACGAACACAAGAUUGUUGGUGAAUUGUGUGCUUGACGAACGCAAGCUUGUUUGUAAUUCUUGUGCUUGACAAACACAAGAUUGUUGGUGAAUUGUGUGCUUGACAAACACAGGAUUGUUUGUAAUUCUUGUGCUUGACAAACACAAGAUUGUUGGUGAAUCUUGUGCUUGACAAACACAAGAUUGUUGGUGAAUCUUGUGCUUGACGAACACAAGAUUGUUGGUGAAUCUUGUGCUUGACGAACACAAGAUUGUUGGUGAAUUGUGUGCUUGACAAACACAAGAUUGUUGGUGAAUCUUGUGCUUGACGAACACAAGAUUGUUGGUGAAUUGUGUGCUUGACAAACACAAGCUUGUUUGUAAUUCUUGUGCUUGACAAACGCAAGAUUGUUGGUGAAUCAUGUGCUUGACGAACACAAGAUUGUUGUGGUUCUUGUGCUUGACAAACACAAGAUUGUUGUGGUUCUUGUGCUUGACAAACACAAGAUUGUUGUUACCUUGACAAUUCCUAAAGUUAUAUAAAUACAACUAAAACAUUUCAUUUAGAAAACACUCGUUUUCUUCGAAGUUCAUCAGAAUCGCCAUUAUGUCAAAUAAACUACAGCGACGAUUAGAGAGUGGCGAGUUUCAGAACUAAAAAUGAAAUAAACUAAAGCGACGAUUAGAGAGUGGCGAGUUUCAGAACUAAAAAUGAAAUAAACUAAAGCAACGAUUAGAGAGUGGCGAGUUUCAGAACUAAAAAUGAAAUAAACUAAAGCGACGAUUAGAGAGUGGCGAG